CGUACUGGACAGUUUAAGCAUAGGGUGUAGUGCAUUGGCGCACUGUCUCUCUCUAGGUGUUUGGAGAAAUUCCUGAGAGAAAUUAGGGAAUGAGUGUUUCUUUCAAGAUUUACAGGCAGGGGAAGAGGUACAUGCCCAAGCAGCUACUAAUGGACGACGACAAAGACGCUGAAAGUCGUGGCUCUCAGACUGACGACCAGAAGAAGGAGAAUGUGACUGGGCUACCCAUGAAUGAGGACAAAGACGCUGAAAGUAGUAGCUCUCAGACUGACGACCAGCAGAAGGAGACUGAGACUGGGGCUAACUUUGUUGAAGUAGGAGAUAUAGUUGCAGAUCAUUCAAUUGUAGCUGCCAAGCCCAAACCUGGGGUCCAGCCACUUCCUGAAGAUCUUGAGGUGUCUUUUGCACUAAACCUGUUCCCAGAUGGCUUUUCUGUUGGAAAAGCUGCUGAGUUGCUCAAUGAUGUACCUAAGAUGUUGCAUCCUUAUGAUAGGGCAUCCGAUAAACUUUUCUCUCAUUUGCAACAGAAAUUAAUGAUGAUCCUGGACUUUGCAUGUCAGAUCAAGAGUGCUUAUAAGGCAAUUGAGCAUGGGUAUUUACCUGGAGAUUUUUUUGAUGACCUGCCAUGCAAAUAUGUCAAUGGAGCUCUUCUGUGUGAGAUUCGAGAUUUUCGUAAUUGUUUGGUCCAGAUGGAAGAUAGUACUUUUCAUGUGGAAAAAUCUCCAAUUGUUCAGAAAGCUCUCUUAAAGAUGUCCAUGGAGAAUGUUAUUAAGGAUAUAUCAUCAAUGUCAGAUGAUUCUUGGACUUACAAAGAUCAUUUGGAAGUUGAGUCCCGCAUUCUUAAGGCUAUGCAACCUGAUCUUAGUUUGAAUCCAAAGCAGGACAUCUUUAGUGGAGAAUCCAUGACUAAAAAGCUCAAUUUGGAAAUUCCAUGGAACUCAAAAAAGAGGAAGCUGAUUGAUACAUCAGAAACCGGCCCAGAGUCCAGUAUUGCACCUGCAUCUGGGGUUGGUGAUACCCAGAAUGAUGAGUCCCCCCCAAGUCUAGCAUUUCAAGAUGGAGGAGCAUCAUAUUCCCAGAAGACCAUCCCAAGCUCUAAUCCUCAUUUAGAAGAGAACAAUACUUUGCAAGAGGCCAUGUUACCAAAACAAUAUGUUAUUAACCAUCCUAGCAGUCCAAGAGAACCCGGUACCUUGGUUCUCAGUGAGAAGGACAGAUGCAAAAAACAAACCCAAGGGCCCAUCCUCAAGAAACCCAAGGAAGAGCCAGUGGAAUUUUCUCCGCACCAGCUUUCAGUAAGCCAAUCUGAAACCAUUCUUGCACCAGAAACACAGCAGAAGGAGAAACAAUUAUGGCAGAGUUGUGAUUCUGAAAAAAUUCUAAAUGAAAGACUUCAUGGAGAAAAGCAGUCCUCUCUGAAAAUGAAAGAUGGUCAGCAGGUAAAUCUUGAAGGUAUCCCAAAGUUGCAAUCUGGAGUACUUGCACAUCCAGUGAAACAAGAAUCUGAAAGCAGUAAGAUUCCCAGGUCAGAUAUUAGACAUAAUGACCAGAAAUCACAGAUGCACCAGUUGUCCUCAGUGUCAAAGAUCAAUGAUCCUGCUAAUUCAAUCCAGCCGAAUGAUAUGGGUAAGCCUUUUGCACAUGAGAGGAUACAUUUGCAGAAGCCUCUGGUUUCUACUGCUGUUGGAAGUGCAUCUGUGAAUGUGAGUUCUAGUCAUAGAGAUUCUUUGUUGAGAGAGUCGUCUGUACUUGGAAAGCGAAAGUUAAAUUCCCAUCCUGAAGGCUUGAGUAUGAAUAUACUUGAAUCUCUUCCAAGCAUCAGAAAUAUGAAUUCAGUCGACACAAGUAGCUGUCCAGUGGGGAAUUCUUCCUCACCAUGGCCUUUAGGAACUAAAGAGGACCCUCUUCUUAAGAGGUUUUCAAAAAUCGAAAUGGUAACACAGAGGUAUGGACUGCAUUAUAGGAAACGAAAAGUGGACAAGUUUUUGGACAAGAAACCAAUUUUUAAGACUUCACUGGUUUCUUACCACUUAGAUUCUGAGGAUAACAACUUGAGAGCUGGUAAUACUGAUGGUGUCUUACAGAUGCGGACAUUAAAUUUUGUGCGUCCAUCUCAUUUUUAUAAAGGUAAUGAGGCUUCUGUUGAUGUUAGUGAGACUCAGACCAAACUGGUCUUAUCAAAGAAGCUCAAGGAGGGAACAGUGGAAGGACGGGUGCUGUAUGGACAAGGGGAAGUGAUUGAUUCCACUGAUUUUCCCUUAGAAUCAACAUUUGUAAGCACACAUGAGAUAGACAAAUUUGCUGCUCAGUUUGUUUCACUGAUGGCACGUGAAGGAUUCUUUUUAGCUGGUGAUAAGACAGAAUCUUCUCCUGGCAGUACUGAGCAGGGCUCUAGCAGUCAACCGCCAAGUGUUAGUAGUUGUGGUACUCCAGCUGUUGGAACAGUUAUGCCACCUUCCCCAACCCCUGUCCCAGGGAAAACUCCUUACAUGUUCAGUUCCUUGACCAGAAGCAUGCAAACCCCUAAACCCAGGCAAUUACCAUCUCAAGAUUUUCUAACUGGUGGCCACUUGCAACAGCAAAGUGUUAAUAUCAGUGGUGCUACUUCAGCAACUGGGACAGUGGAGCCACCUUCCCCAACUCUAAUCCCAGGGCAGUCUGCUUACAUGUUCAGUUCUGUAACCAGCAGCAUGCCAGUCCUUAACCCCAGUCAAUUACCAUCUCAAAAUUUUCUCACAGGAGCCCAUUUGCUCCCUUCUAGAAACAUUCAGUCAGCUCUGCAGCCCUCAGCCAAUUAUUCAUCCAAUCCACUGCUCAACAAUGCUGCACAAGUCAGUCCCUUGCAGUUGCAUUGGCAGCAGAUUAUCAAUAAUAGUGUCCGGUUACAGUUUCAGAUGCAACAAAGAGAACGCCAGCAACAGCAACUUAUGCAGAGCAACAUUAUGAUGAGAGGACUGCCUGCUGCAUCUAGUAAUUUGGGCAUGACGCAUCUGGGUGUUGGUAUCCAGGGGUCUAGAAAUACUGAUCUUGGUUACUUAAGUAAUUUCAUGGACAUUGGGGGUCCAUCAUCAGUGUCCAUGGGAGGACAUGUCCCCAGAUUUGGAAAUUUGGGUCAGGUUAAUAAUCUUGGCAGCAAUAUUUUGGGUUUCAAUGGAAGUAGUCAGAUUCAUGGUGGGAUUUCUGAACCUUCAGAUGCUGCUCUUGCACGGAUGAUGGUAGCACAAAGUCAACAGAGACCACUGCUGAGAGGAGUUCCAGUCCAGAGCAAUGCUGGUCUAGCAAUAAUUGAGAGAUCAACCGAUGGCAUGGCCAGACAGCCACCAAGAAUCCAUACAAAUAGUAGUAGGAUGGCAAUGCAUCCACCUAUUCUUCCUGAUCAAGUAGCUUAUAACAUGUCCAAUCAGCAACUGCAGAUGAUUCAUAGAAAUGCCAGGAUGAUGCCAAUGCACCCACCACUUGUUCCGGAGAUAGUACAUAAUUUUUUGUGCCAGCAGCCACCAUCAGCGCAAAUACAUCAACAACUACAUAUUACACAACUGCAGCUGCAAUACCAGAGAAUGAACCCACCAUUCCCGGGCCAGUCUAGUUUGCAAGAACAUAGCCAUCAGCUUCAAAUGAAUCCGCGGCUGCAAGUACGUGCAGGCAACCCAGCUGUUGCUCCAGAAAGCGUUGAGCUGAGCUUCCCACAUGUUGGGUCUGGGGGUGGUAGCAAUGAGAGCUCAACCAUGGCGGCUUCUGAUGAGUCGGGAGAUAUCAGUAGUGAGGUCAAUACUGGUGGGAUACGAGAAUGAGGCUUAUCAGCAGGAAGAUCCCAAGAGGGAGUGUGAAUAUCAGAGACAGAGAUAGGUAUAGAGUCAUUUUACUUUCCCUGCUUAUAUAAUGAAAAAGCAAAAGUAGAUUAGAUAUACCGGCUCUCAUGUUAGCGUUUUGUUUCAUGGGGUUGUUUUAGAUACUGUAGUGUAGUGAAUGUGCAAAGGCAGUGUGUUGUUUGUUGUCAUGUGCGCAGUUAGAUCGAACUUGUCUCCCAGAUUACAAUGGAACAGUGUUUUUAAUGUAUGGGAAUUUGAGGACAAACCGUUGAGAUGA